UCAAAGGAAAAGAACUGUAGGAAAGAAAAGAACUUACCUACUUCGGGAAAGUCCAUCCAUUAAAAAUAAGUACAUAAAUGUUUAUUUUGUUUUUUGUUGACCAGCGAUUAUAAUUUUUUAAAUGGAAAUUCUUAAAGCUGAAAUUGCGAAAAAGCGAAAGCUGCUCGAGGAAAAGAAAAUAAUUGAUCCAACUCAACCUAAAAAGUAUUUUAAAAGAGGAGAUUUAUUGGCUAAGGAGCAGGAAGAAUAUUUUCAAAAAUUUGGUCCCCGUAAGAAUGAGGCUGAAGAUAAUAAUGAUACUGAAAGCAAAACAGAGAAAGGUACAAAACCAGAGACUUCCGAAGUAGAACAAAGUGAGGUUGUGUCCCUGCCAAGAACAGAAGUCAUCAAGAGACUGCGAGAAAGAGGCCACCCAAUACUGUUGUUUGCAGAAAAUGAACUGCAAUCAUUCAGAAGACUGCGCAGAAUCGAGAUACAAGAGCCUGAAGCAAAUAGAGGUUUCAGAAAUGACUUCCAAGAAGCGAUGGAUAAAGUAGAUCAAGCUUAUUUGAAUGAAAUAUUGGCACUUGGUACUCAGAGUGAUACAGAAAAAUCUCUCAAAGAAGAUGCUUUGGAUGACUCCGUGACCUAUGAAUUAAUUCAAGAGAUGGCCAAAACCAUGGGACAGGGUGACAGAAAUCAUGACAUGAAUGUGAUCAUGACGUUAUUACAGUUUCUACUAAAGCUUUGGGGUCAACAGCUCAAUUCAGCAACAGGCGCAGAAAAAACAGCUGUGAAGCACAAAAUGGCGCGGGCGACGUUCACUCAAACACAAGUAUAUCUGAAACCGCUAAUGAGGAAGUUGAAAAAGAAAACAUUGCCAGAUGACAUAUGUGACAGUCUGAUGGAGAUCACUAAACAUUUGUUGGAGAGAAAUUAUAUUAUGGCAAGCGAUUCCUACCUCCAAAUGGCAAUCGGCAACGCUCCCUGGCCUAUAGGAGUUACUAUGGUCGGUAUCCACGCCCGUACUGGAAGAGAGAAGAUUUUCUCCAAGAAUGUAGCCCACGUGAUGAAUGACGAAACCCAGAGGAAGUACAUCCAAGCCCUGAAGAGACUGAUGACGAAGUGCCAAGAGUAUUUCCCUACAGACCCCUCUAGAUGUGUAGAAUAUAGUACGACUAGAUGAGUAAAUUAUGUUAUAAAG